AUGUUUACUGCAGAUGUGCGAACGAGAGUACAAGGAUUGGAUGAGGAGGUUGUUCAUGACGUUCUACGUUAUUUUUUGGCAGGGAGUGGAUUAGACAAAGUUGCUGUAGAGAAUUGGAGCCCUGAUUACGUGUCCAAGCUCAACAGAAUCUUUAUGCGGUGGCGUGGAAACCGCACUCAGCAAGAAAUGUUUGACUUCGUUUUCGUAGAGAAUGGAUACACUUGCAAAGAACUAUUUCAAAGUUGUCGUACCCUGGCAGGAGAUUUGGAUUGCUGCAAUCUGUUCAAACCAACGUUUGUGCUUCUGAGAGGAAGAUGCUUCAAUCUCAUUGAUGACUACUACCAGGAGGACUUUGAUGAAAGCGGAAAAAUUAUGCUGAACUUCAAUGAAGUCAAACAAGGACAACUUUUCGGAGAGGCAACAAGGCAACAACUGGUGAUGUAUUUGCGUGAUUUCGAUUCAGAAGUGGGGCCAGUUCCUAAAGUGUACCUAGGUUAUGGCAAUUGGAAUCGUUUUGUUUUCGCACAAAGAAGAGUGUCCAUGCUACCCAAACACAACGGAUGUUCAGUCAAUGAGAGUAAGCCGACUUGCCUUGUGCGAAAAAUCAUUGAACAAAGGCUUCUCAAUCCAUUCAAUUGCACUAUACUGCCCUUUAUCGCGAUUGCACAACUGGAGAACGUAACAGUUUGCGAUAUAGCAACAGUCGUACAAAAUUACAAGGACAUUACUGCUCCAAUAAAUGACGAUUACAAUUGUCUUCCGGCUUGCGAGCGCACCGAGAUUCACUACAGAUUGCACUCUAGUAUCAAUCGAAGUCCCCCGUCAAAAAGAUCUGCCUACUUAGCAGAGGCUUCUUUUGGUGAACUUCAGUAUGAGGAAUACAAGGAAAUACGCCUCACAACACCGCUAAACUUUUUAUCUCAGUUAGGUGGACAAACUGGUCUUUUUGUUGGCAGUUCCUUGGCGACAUUUGUCCAAAUAUUACUCGCAAUAGUAAAGUACAUCCAUGAUGUCGCCAAAACAUUAUUGAAACGUCGCAUUGUUGUACCGUUAAAUUCAAGUCAAUAA